AAAAGCCAAGCCUUGGGCGUAGUAGGAAUUGAGUGUGACGCACUUUGUAAAUGUGUAACUUCUCUGUGGGUGGGAGUAAUAAACCGUAAUAAAAACAGCAAUAAAAGGCUCUCACCACACCUGAAAGUGAUUGAAUACAUAGUCAACACAUCGCUGUAUACAAACAAUCAUGCUGGGACGGAUUUUUCUAGUGUUCUGCUUGGCAGCUAUGGCAAGUGCAGCUGUGAUCCCUGAUGGCUCUAUAGUGCCAAAGUGCUCUGAAUACUUCCUUCCCAUGUGUACUCGGGAAUAUAACCCUGUGUGUGGAACUGAUGGAGUGACUUAUCCAAACGAGUGCAUGCUGUGUCUGGAUAAUAUGGAGAAAAAGGUGAACACGGUGAUCUCCAGGAUGGGAGAAUGCUGAGGAAAAUAUAUAAUAGUCAUGUAUAUUUGGGUUCUGACAUGAAGGCCGGAACCACCUGCUGCUUUUCUUUCUUUUUAAUGAUUAUAAUGUUGAGAUGAAGUAUUCCCUGUUUUGUGUGCCCUUUUUAAAAUUGUUCUAAUUCAUAAAUAAAUCCUUUUAUGUAGCAA